GCAACCCACGGUCGCCGGUUGGUUCGGUAGUUACUGCGGGGAAGAUGGUGGACCUGGUGACUGCAGCGUGCUCCGAACUCCGUCCAAAACACUUCGAGAAAUAUUUACCAUCUCAACCUGGCGUUAGGUAUAGAUUACCCGGGGACAAUCACAGAUAAUACACAGAGAAACGCGACAACCCGGAGGACCCAUCCCGCUCUGGAUCCUUUCUUUUUCCGGGAGAGUAGCAGCAAAAAAAAAAAAAAAAAAAGCAACGUGGUGGGUUGGUGCUCGUCGCGGACGCUAAAAGCGAAGUGUCAGCGCCAGAGUAAACGCGGUGGCGUCUUUUUCCUGGCUUUCCUCUCAUAAACAGGAGUCCAGGCCGCCGGGGUAGCUCAGACAGCCGUGUCUCUCUCCGUCUCUACGGCUGCCCAACAACGGCGGAGCGGACCUGAAGGAGGCUAACAGCCGCUGCUACCUCAGCUAGCUUCGUGGUGACCCGGGAGGAGCUGCCCGACAUGCCGCGGAGUAAAAAAGGGAAACGUGGCUCCAGUAAGCCGGGCUCUCUGCGUCAGGAGGUUCUGCAGCUGCAGCUUUCAGCUAAAGGAUCGGUCAAAGGCGUUAAAAAUGGGAUGAAGGGAGAGUCUGCUGCCAGCGAUGAUGAGCUGACAUCCGACAUCCUUAGCCACUACAGCAGUGCCAGCGAAACGGCUUCUGUGCUGGAAGAGGGCACAGGAGGUGAGCCGGUGGAUGAGCAGACCGCACAGGAAGAAACGGAGGACAAGCUCAAGCAGUGUAUAGACAACCUGAUGGACAAAAGUGCAAAGACCCGUCUAGCAGCCCUAGAGUCACUGCGACUAGCUUUCUCCUCCAGAGUUUUAUACGACUUCCUGACAGGUCAGCGUCUCACCGUGCGCGACUGCCUGGAAAGAAGUCUCAAAAAAGGCGGUGGAGAGGAGCAGGCAGCAGCUGCCGCUGUCUUUACCCUGCUCUGUAUCCAGCUGGGAGGUGGGGAUGAGGCUGAGGAGGGUUUCAAGUCGCUUCGUCCUCUUCUCACUUCCAUCCUGAAUGACGGUAGUGCCAAUUUAGCUGCUCGUCAAAGUUGUGCCCGGGCUUUGGGGAUGUGCUGCUAUGUCUCCACAGCAGAAGAAGGAGAGGACUUGGUCAAGUCAUUGGCUCUUCUGGAGAGUGUCUUCACAUCUUCCUACCCUAAUAGAGAAGGAACGCUGCCUACACCCAAACCUGGUAUGCCCGGCCUCCACACGGCCGCCCUGCAGGCCUGGUCGCUGCUGGUCACCCUCUGCCCCGCUUCCAAACUAACUGAGCUGCUGGAACUGCACCUUCCUAAGCUGCAAGCUUGUCUUCAGAGCAGCGACGUCAACUACAGAAUUGCAGUGGGAGAGACGAUUGCUCUGCUGGUGGAGCUAGGCCGAGACAUAGACGAGGAGUUUGAGGUGGAGGACAGUGAAAGUCUGUGCGAAUGUCUGAAGAGUUUAGCCACAGAUGGCAACAAACACAGAGCCAAAAACGACAGAAGGAAACAGCGUUCCAUCUUCAGGGAGGUGCUGCAUUACAUAGAGAGUGAGGAUUUCACAGAGGAGAAGAUCAGGUUCGGGGUGGAGAGCGUUUACAUCGACGGCUGGAUGAGGAAAAGAAUCUACGAUGCCUUCAAGGAGACCCUAGAAUCUGGAGUCAGACACCAUCUACAGCACAACCAGCUACUCCGGGACAUCUUUGGCCUCGGACCGCCCCUCAUCUUAGAUGCUGCUACUAUCAAAGGCACCAAGAUCUCACGGGUAGAGAAGCAUUUAUUCAACUCUGCUGCCUUCAAAGCCAGAACUAAACUGAGGAAUAAAGUCAGGGACAAGCGCGCUGACGUCAUGUGAGGGACGGACCUGAACGGAGGGAAGGGAAUGGACGAGGAGCUAAGAUGCCUUCGGAUCUUCACCUGUCUGUCGGACACAAAAUAAACUGGUGGUUUUUCACUCGUGCUCUUCAUCCACUAAGGCCUUUAUCUGCUAUGAAGUCUUUUUGCCAGACCCGUUGAGUUGUUUUAAUAAAAACAUUUUGAUGCUUUUUUUUAUUAAUAAGGAGCAGAACAGGGUUGAAAUCUGAUCCCGUCUAUUAAAAAGUCAGAUUUUGUGAAAAAAAAAAAAAGAGCCGAGAAAAUGUUCUGCCAAGUCUCUUUAUUGUACCGGACAUCCGAUUCCUCCUUUAUUCCACUGAAAGUCCCAUGUCUCUCACCCAGAGCGGCUUCUUCAGCAGCUAAACUUUCAACCUUUACAAACAAUGCAACCUUUGGGAAAAAUGUGCGUGGUGUGUGUGUGUGUGGUGUUUGUGUGUGCGUGUGUGUGUUUUAUCUGACAUUAACUUAACCACGAAAUAACACACAACAUAUGAAUCCAGAAGAUGCCUAAUUAAAAAAACCAAAAUCAAAACAUUGAUAUUGUCAUCUCUGUAUUGUUUUGCUUUUGAAAAGGAAUUUUGAUUUCAACUUUUUUGGGUGAACAAUUGUAUUUUACUGUUUUUAAUUUAUUACAAAAGCUGUAAUAAGUGUUGUUAAAGAAACUUGAAAUCAUAACAUGUUUACAGACAAUUGUGGUUAAAGAUGAGAUGAAGUUUUUAGAAGUUUUCUUUUAGAUGCAUUUUUGACAAAGGUUGCUGGGUCAUGAAAUAUUUCCAUUUAUAUAUUACAGAUUUAAAGAGCACAUGGAUAUAUGGAGAUAUGUGUAUAGGAGAUGAAUAAUUUUAUCAUGUAAAGAACAGUAAAUUCAUACAAAGCUGCUGAAAAACAAGUUUGACUAUGCUGUUUUUAAACAAUGCAACAGUUCGUAUUAAAAAUCGAUCUUAUGGUUUAAA